CGCCGGCAUUUUAUAUAUUGUUUUCUGUUGUUCCUAGCUGUAAGCGGUUCGAUACCUCCGUGAAGCGAUUUUAUUAAAUAAUCGUGGAGAGGUUGUUGAUUCCUACCAUAAUAUCAUUUCUUCAAUAUUCCAGAUAUAAGUUUAUUUCUACAAAAUGACUGACGAAGUCAAUCCAAGAGCUUAUCCAUUGGCGGAUGCAACGUUAACUGCGAAAAUCCUGAAUUUGGUACAACAAGCAAUGAAUUACAAACAAUUACGGAAAGGAGCAAAUGAAGCUACGAAAACAUUAAAUCGUGGUCUCUCCGAAUUCAUUGUAAUGGCUGCAGAUGCGGAACCAUUGGAGAUUUUAUUGCAUUUGCCAUUGUUGUGCGAAGAUAAGAAUGUACCAUACGUAUUUGUAAGAAGCAAACAAGCUUUAGGUCGAGCUUGCGGUGUGUCUCGACCUGUUGUUGCUUGUUCUGUAACUGUUAACGAAGGUUCACAAUUGAAACCACAAAUUCAAGCAGUACAACAAGAAAUCGAACGACUUCUAGUUUAAGUUAUUUGUACUGAAAAUAAUUUUAAGAAGCUAAGCUGCAUGUAGUUCAUGUAAUAUGAUAAAUGUAACAAAUGAAUGAAUAAAAAUAUAAUUAAAACAAAAGUGAAA